GCAAGUGUGAUUCAGCGUAGGGACGCCAGAUGGCACUAGUCAGCCGAGAGGCAAAGCGGCUUCCUUUUCCCGCGGUCUCCCACCCCGCCACCCCAGCUCAAAAUCCCGCCGGUCGGGGGCGGUUCGCUGUGGAGGGCAGGAAGCGACAUGAGCUGCAACAGUCCUGAAACUGGGAUUUUGGCACCCUCUGCUGACUGGAAAGAACUGAGCCUAACUGCUAGCAAAUUAAGUUCUGUCUCUUAGAGCAUGUCAGGUCCACAACCCUCUCACAAGGAUGACUUCUGUACACUGUGAAAAAUAACCCUUCACAGUAAAUCCAAUGUUUCUUUCUCUGCUAUGAUUAUUCUGCCCUUCUUCCAAAAGAACUCAGCAUGUCGAAGAAAAGGGGACUGAGUGUUGAAGAGAAGAGAACUCGGAUGAUGGAAAUAUUUUUUGACACGAAAGAUGUAUUCCAGUUAAAAGACAUUGAGAAAAUUGCUCCCAAAGAGAAAGGAAUCACUGCUAUGUCAGUGAAAGAGGUCCUGCAGAGCCUAGUCGAUGAUGGUAUGGUGGACACUGAUAGGAUUGGGACUUCCAAUUAUUUUUGGGCUUUUCCAAGUAAAGCUCUUCAUGCAAGGAAACGUAAAGUGGAGGAACUGCAGAAUCAGUACUCCGACUAUAACCAGAAGAAAGAGAACUUACAUGAGAGCAUUAAGAAAUCAAAAGUUGGGCGCCAAGAUACUGAAGAACGUGCAGCACUGAUAAAGGAACUUACUGCCCUUCGACAGAAGAAAGACCAACUGAAGACAGAAAUAGAUAAAUACAAAGAAUGUGAUCCAGAUAUCAUUGAAGAAACCCGUCAAGCAAAUAAAGUAGCUAAGGAAGCAGCUAACAGAUGGACUGAAAACAUAUUUUCAGUAAAAUCUUGGGCCAAGCGGAAGUUUGGAUUUGAAGAGAGCAAAAUUGACAAAACAUUUGGUAUCCCAGAAGACUUUGACUAUAUUGAUUAGAUGUGUUCUAUAAGAAUAGCAAAUAAUUGUGUUUGAAGCUUUGUUUUCAUUUUGAAGUGUGUUUUCUUUUCCUUCCAACUACUGUUUGUAUUUUUAUCAAUACAACCUGAAAAUGCAUUGAAAAUCUGUUCUUUCUUUCUAUUUCCCCCUCACCUUUAAGAAUUACUGAUAAGGUUGUCUGUGCAGUAUAGAUAGAUGUUCAUUGUGUUAAUUUCAUGACAUAAGAAAUAGGUGGGGCCCAGAGAGAGAUUGGGGAGCCCUCUGGAAUACAUUGGAGGACAUGAAAUUACAUAAGUGGAGCUGUGAGUAGAAAGUUUAAUGUAUGAAGUCUGUGCUUGUUUCAUCCAGUACUUGUUCAUAAAAACAGUAGGUUGGACUACUCAGGCCAUAUCCUGUGGUUAGUCACUUCUCUCAAGCUAUGAUUUGGGAACACUGAGCUAUUUUUAAAAUCCAGGUAGCCCAGAUGAUACAGAUUAUACAAUUCAUAAUUAUUUGCCUGGCAAGGUCAUUGUGAAGGUGAAUGCAGUUAAGUGGCAAUAAAUAUUACUUUGGGCAGAAAGUAUAAUAUUCUUAAUUUUCAAGGGUCCAGAGAAGAUACACAUUUAUAUAGAUCAGCUCCCAGUAAGCCUAUUCACAGAGUCAAGAAUUAGACAGAAAUAUAAAGGUCUUAACAGAACAGCAACCUUUAUUGCAUUUGCAACAUAAUCUAGCACAUGGCUGACAGACGGACAUGUCCAGGGAGGGGCAGGUGGCAGGCUGUUCCACCUGUAGGCACAUAGUAGGCUGUUCCACCCUUCUUAAAGAUACACUCAUUUGCAUCUCACAGAGUAACAUUAUCUUAAAAGAACUUUACAGGAUGUUUAUCUUGAGACAAAACAGUACUGUAUAUGGGAAAUAAUUUAUUUUCUUCCUGAGGAGGAAUAGAAUUGUAAGAUUGUCUCCUUGGUUUCUAGUCUUUCUACAAGACUUGUUUUGUGCAAUAAAUGCAUAGCUAUCA